AAUCAUUGUUUUAAUUAUUGAAUUCAGUUACAUAUUUUCUUUAUUAAUUCAUUAUCCACAGUAUCUUUUAUAAUUCCAUAAGAUAAUCUAUACUAUAUAAUGGAAUAUCAAAUCACCAGAUUUCAAGAUCUUCACCAGAAUUCAAAUUCCAUUGUUAACAUCAAUAGCACUUAACUUCAUAAACCCAGAAUAUUUCACGGAUUUCAAGAUCUUCACCUUCAUAUUUCGUCGGCAGUUCUAUCGUUGCCGGCAGGUUCUACCUUCGCCGGCAGUUGCUAUCGUCGUCGGCUGGGUAUUCUAUGCGGAUUCCGGCGAGCCUUAAUCAUCAUCGGCAGUUGCUUUUUAAACCCAGAGUUCAUCAUCGAUCAGUUCUUCCCGUCUUCCAUAUGGCCGACCCAGAAAUUAAUAAUCACAAUUCUGACAAAAACGUUGACGAGGAUAACGUUCCGAUUAACGAUAAUGUUUUCGUGACAACAAUGGAUCGUCCAGAUCGACAUACCAUUCUUUCGAACUACUUUUCCACCCGAACGGUCGUAACAGAAUGGAGGUCGUUAGUUCCUUAGUUGGGAAAGUAGUGGAUUCCUUGUUUGGUGUUGCUAAAAAGGAGAUUAGCCUCAUGUGGAAUUGCUCUAAAAAUGUUAAAAAUUUAAAACAUGAAGUUGAAAAGCUCUCGAGUAUGAAGGGAAGGGUUCACCAACAAAUAGAAUUGGCUAAAUCUAAAGGGGAAGUUCUCCUAGAAGGUGUGGAAGAAUGGAUGAAGAAAGCAGAUGCUAAAGUAUCUGACGCCACAGAGUUUAUUGUUGAAGAAGCAGAAACCAAGAAGACGUGUUUCAACUUACGAUUGUGUGUAAAUUUGAGCACCCUCCAUCAUUAUAGUAAGUCAGCGACUAAAAAAACUUCUCUUCUUCGGCAGCACGAAGGAGAAGGUAAGGUAUUUGAAACUUGUGUCUCGCUUCCCGCUCCCGCCCCUAGAUUCAUCGAUCUUUACCAAAGAAAAAAUCUUGAAAAUAUCGAUACCCAAAAGUCAACUUUGAAGAUGAUAAUUCAAGCUAUAAAAGAUGACAAGAUACAAAUAGUUGGAAUCAAUGGCUUAGGAGGUGUAGGUAAAACUACACUAGCCAGUGAAGUUGCUGUAAAAAUGAAGAAUGAAUUUGCAGAUAUUGUGUUUAUAGCAGUCUCGCAAACUAUUGAUACUAAAAUAAUUCAAGAAAAAGUUGGAGUAGCAGCAAGUAAAAUAAUCAAUGGGCAAAAGGUUCUAAUCAUCCUAGACGACGUGUGGGAGGAAUUAAAGCUAGAGGAAGCGGGCAUUCCAUAUGGGAGUGAAUACAUGAAUUGCAAGAUUUUACUUACAUCUAGAAGCAGAGAUGUGUGUGAGGCAAUGAAUGCUCAAGCGAAUAUAUCGGUAAACCCUUUGCAAGAAAAAGAAGCAUGGGUCUUUUUUGAACGUGUGGUUGGUAAAAGUGAAUGGGACGAUACAUUGAAAAAAGUGGCAGUGAAGAUUGUUAAAGAAUGUGGUGGAUUGCCACUCUUUAUUCAAGCUAUAGGAAAGGCUUUGAAAAACAAAGAGAUAAGAAGUUGGGAGGCAGCACUUGGUCGACUACAAGAUCCAACCGACGAGGAUUCCCCUUUCAAACUAAAAGGAAUAAUGCAGUUGAAGCUAAGCUAUGACUAUCUUGAAAGUGAAGUAGCGAAAUCGUGCUUCUUAUUGUGUAGUAUGUUCCCAGAAGAUGGAACCAUUGGGCUUAGAAGGUUGACACAUUAUGGGCUCGCUCUAGGGAUAUUUAAUAAUCUCGAUAGCAAUAUUCAGGACGCGAAAGAUAGAGUUCAAGUGGCUGUUGACUCUCUUAAAUCAUCCUUUUUGUUAUUGCCUGGAAAAGAAGACGAAGAAGUAGAAGAGCAAGAAAAAUUCAAAAUGCACGACCUUGUUCGUGAUAUGGCAAUGCUCAUUACUUCUAAAGGUAAUGACAAGUUUUGGGUGCAAUCUGGAAAAGGUUUGAUAGAAUGGCAACCGAAAAAAUACUUAGAAAGCUACAAGAAGAUAUCCCUUAUGGGAAAUAAAAUUUGUAAGCUUUCUAAUCAUAAACUUCAUUUCCCACACCUUGAUACAUUUCUUAUACAAGAUAAUGGACUUCUAGUUAUUCCUGAUGAAUUCUUUCAAGGCAUGGAAAAACUUAAAGUCUUGGAUAUGUCAGAUAACCAAAUUUCAUCACUCCCACGAUCACUAAAGCAGCUUACAGAGCUCGUCACGCUAGAUCUAAGUGGAAACAAAUCUCUGGUUGAAAUUUCUAUACUUGGCGAGUUAACAUGCCUAGAGAUUCUAAAGCUCAGAAGGACUGGAAUUACAGAUAUCCCUAAAGAGGUUGCCCAAUUGACCAAUUUAAGGCUGCUAGAUGUGUUCUUUUGUGACGAUCUAUCUUAUGUAACACCCGGUGUCAUAUCAAAGCUAAUUUGGUUGGAAGAGUUGUACAUUCGCAUGAAGAAAGGAAACUGUAGUUUUCUUGCGGAACUACGUGAAUUGAAGUCGCUCAAAAAUCUACAAUUAACAGUUCCUGAAUUGGAUUACAUACCUGAAGAUUUCAACUAUGAAACUUUGACAGAGUUCCACAUUAAGGACGUAUACUACUGGUAUCAAAAACAUCAUUGUAAACGCAUCCUACACAUUUCGAAAACUAGCUUCCCAUUCACGAAGCCAAUUAUGAAACUGAUUCAGCUAAGUGAAAUGUUAAAAUUGUGGGAGAUAAAAGAUUUGGAUAACAUCCUACCAGACCUUUAUCUAGAAGGUUUCGAAGAAUUAAAAUACAUUGAAUUAAUUGGGUGUGACAAUGUUAGUAGCUUGGUGAAUGAACUUGGUCAAAGGAAAACAAAGGGAAAGAUUUUUUCCCAAGUGGAAGAAAUCAAGUUGGAAUUUUUGAAUAGGUUGGAGCUUCUAUGGGAUAGGCCAUAUCAAUAUAUAAGCUUUUGUAAUCUGAUGAGUAUCAGGAUAACACAUUGCCCCUCUUUAUUAGAGUUAUUCCCAGUAAGUGUAGCACAAAGGCUUGUUAACUUAAGAAAAUUGUUUAUUUCAAAAUGUGAGAGUUUGGUGGUUGUCGUUUCGGUCGGAGAUGAGCAAGCAAGUGGAAGUAAAUCUGAACUGAUAGAUACCGUGUUCUCGCUCACCCAUAUUUGGCUUGAUAAACUGCCGAAACUCGAGAGCUUCUACUCUGGCAAGUCUGCCAUCAACUAUCCUUCUUUGAAGUUUAUUGGAGUGUGUGAUUGUCCAAGCAUGAAGAGAUGGAGUUAUGGAGACAAUCAUAUGCCCAAGCUUGAUAUUGAUCAUCAAGGGUUUAAUGAUUAUAUAGCAGUACAAAAUGAGACGUCCGAUGAAUGGAAACUCGACGAUUCCAAAGGAGAGUUUUCAGAAUGAUAGGGUAUGUACAAAUCUCAUGGAUGAAGUAUGCUCUACCAUAAGGGGUGGAUAUAGAGUGUAACAAGGGGUAACCUCCAUUGCUCAUUGACGCUCCAGCGGUAGAGUAAAUUUUGGAAAAAUUUGACAUUUUUUUCGAUUUCGUUACUCGUUUAGAAAUUUUAUUUUGGACACGUCGCCUCUGUAAUGAUUUUCCAGAUCCGUUAGUACUUGUUUUAUGCAUUCUAUCACAAGGAUCAUGUGAGAAGAUGACAAAUUCAUACUUUGUGCUUUCACUCUCACGUUAGUGGAAGCAUUAGAAAUUUAUGGUUCUUUUGGUUUGUAGCAA